AAGAAAUAAUUAAUUAAAUUACAAAAUUUAUUAUAUAUUUAAAUAAUUAAUUAACAAAAGAAACUAAAAUUGCAAAAAGAAAAAAGAAAAACACCAACCGCGGCUUAACCGUAGGCCAACCGCUGCAAACGUACGGUAGGUCCAUCGGUCGACCGCGAUCAACGCGCGUUCGGCCGAUGGUUCAACCGCGCGUAGACGACGCUUGUCCGGCGGGUCAAUCGAGCUUCGACUCCGGUCGAGGAGGUUCUCUGGCGAUGACUUGCGGGAGGGUAGAAGAGCGGAUGGCCAAUGACGACGUGCAUGGACGACGAAGUAAAAACAAUAAAAAAGGUGAUGGUUCAAAUUUUAGGCUCCCCAUGCAAGCCCACGGACCCUCACAGGGUCAGACCUGGGAUCCCCUAUAAUCCCAUGGCCUUUUGGAGCGGGAGGAUAGGUUAGGUAGCAGGCCCCAACCCGCCCCGCGGGGCUUUACCUCCACUCUAGGAGGAUAACUCGAGAGCCGUUCAAUGAUAUGUCCCCGCAGGGUGCAGCCUGAAGCAAACUCAACUCCAAAGCCAUGGGAGGGGACAGGCCAUCUAGCCAGAAUUUCCGCCGCGAGGAAAUCCAAGCUGGCACAGGUCCCCGGGUUUCUGCCCAACCGGUUCCAUCCCUUUAAUGCCCCCAAACUGGGUCACAAGCCAGCGCUACCAGGCUCGGCGUCUCAACCGUCUCCAGUGUCCUACCAAAACAGGGCUUUUUCAUUGUACUGUUCCUCGAUGUGGUAUGCAACAAAUUAAUUGACGCCGACGGAGACACUAUUAUAUAUCCUCUCAGCAGUGUUAAUAAAGCCGAACCGAGCCGCUCGGCCCGACCGGUAGAACCGCCACCCGGUCACAAAAUCGGCUCGGAACAGUCUAAAAGCCGCUCCGGUUUUAUGUAACGAUUGGCGAGCGGCCAAGGCGGUUAACCGCUCGAGCCGAUCGAGUCACUCAUCCGGUUUUUGCCAUUCAGCCGUUAAAUUUAAUUAAGAAAUUGCAGAAAAUUGAAAUAAACCAAAAACGUCGGGCUCUUAAACUGAAUCCUUAUUUCCAUUUCACAAUUUCGAAAGAAAGAGAUGAGUUCUUAUUAAAAAAAUGUCCACUGUUUAUAUUGAUAACGUUUAUUAAGUACCGGUUCUCUAACGGUUUUUAAACGGUCUAUUGCCGGUUGGACCACUAAAGUGCGAGCCGUUCGCAUUGUCGGAUCAUGCUCCGGUUCGGUUAUGACAACAUUGCCUCUCAGCACUGCUAGAAUAUAGAGAAUCAGGUGCUCUUCAAUUUAUGGGGUGCACGUGACAAUUUACAAGAUUGUAACAUCGAUGCAAUAUAUUCAUGUUUUUUUUUAUAAUUUCUCUCUCAUUAAAAUCAAAUUAAAGCUCGCGAUUAUUUUGAGAUGAAACUAAUUUUAUGGAAAUUGAAAGAAGAAAACCCACUAAGGGGCUUGUACUGUACGCCAAGACUGAAACUACUGUACAUACAGACUGAAAUUACUGUUACAACUCGGAAGAGACUUCAGUGUGGGAGGGUGCAGCGUGUUCUCUGAUUGGUUUCGGAUGACAUGUUCUCUUUGAACCACUGUCAUCUUUCAUGUGAGAGGUCUAUUUCAGCUUUCCUUGCAUUCUAACAGACGCGGUCACACAUUGGUUACAUGGAGACUGAAUGGGCCCAUUUUUGGUCUUUGUGCCUGCGCAUUGGUCAUCACGUCUUUGGAUGAGACUUGGGGUGUCUCAAGAAAAGAGAGAGUCAGAGAUAUUUUAUUUACUUGGUGGAUGUAGCACCACGUAUUCCUUCCUAAGCCUCUCAUUUUACUUAAUCGGCGCAGUCCCCUAUGUGAACUCCACUCAUUACUUUUUUUCCCCUAGAGGCCCUAUUAGUCGACAGGGGUGGGAGAAAGUAAGAAACCUCCUUCAAGUGUCUCCUCUCUCUCUCUCUCUCUCUCCCUCUCUCCCUCCUCAUCGACAGUCUUUGUGAACAAUCACAUCAGAAACGCCAAGCAUCGCCGGCGGCUAUAGUCAGCACGCGAGUCCCUUCUCAGUCGUAGGUAUUUUAGAGUUUUCAAUCCCUAAUUCCCAGUUGCUUGAUCUCGAGUUUGUGUUCCCCUUAUUCUCUUUCAAUCGCCUAAUAAUUUUUGAAAUGGAACUCGGUCGCAGAGGAGUAGGACUGCCUGAUUUGCUCAGCUGAAGCAAGUGGAGAUUAUGUGACCUUCACCUACGCUAGCGAUGGGGAAGAGGGUAAGCAUUUGAGAAAUUUUUUUUUUUUUAUACUUUUGAGUUCCUGACCAUAAUUGUCCAAUUUCAUCUCUUUAGUUCCAGAGACUCAUUUCCCUUUUCCUUCUUUCUUUCUCUUCGCUCUGCACUGCCACUUUGAGCAGAUACCUCAGAGCUACUGUACUACAGCCGGAAACUAUGAUUGGAGCGAUUCACGUCGUGAGCGCUAACCGGAUCGGAGGCGGCAACUGUGGACUCUAAAUCCAUAUCUUGAUUUCCCCCACAAUCUUAGGUUUCUGGUGUUUUGGUUUUAGGUUCUGCUUUCAUUUUUGCUUUGUGCUUUCUCUUUGACCAGUUAAAACUCGAUAGGCUCAUUCUCCCCAUUUUCAUGUUUUGUGAUUACUUCUUACUCUCUCUUGAGCAUGUUUUCUAAUUUCUAGACGGGUUGGUUCAAUCUUUUUGGAGACAGCCAUAGCGGAUGGUGAUAAGAUUGAUGUCAGCGGAGAACAAGCUGAUGAAUUUUCACCGCCUGUUACUCCCGAUUCAGCUAAUCGCUCUCUCUCAUAACCAACCAUCGAUGGUCAAUCUGUUGUUGUGUCUUUUGUUGGAUUAUUAUGAGGGUACCUUAAUGCUCUUAAUUUCUACUUUGUGGAUAUGAUCCUCUUUUUCUUAGCUCAUCCUGCUUAUUGUAGUUGUGUAGAUAUACUCUCUGGUUUUCGUCUCCUUUCUAUCUUCUGUUUCUCCCUUUGGCAGUUCUGGUUAAUGCUUACUGUUUGUUUUGGUGUUCUUGCCUCAGUUCCUUUAUCUUAAUAGGUAGGCACCGGACAUUCCUAGCUCUGUAUCUAUUCCACGAGGUAUCAAGUAUCAACCAUGUGAAAUGCAUAUCAUUGGGGUAAAUUUCUCCGGGAUAGAUGAUCUGAUGUCUUUGUUGGUUUCAUCCUUUUCUAUGAAUGCCUAUAUUAGAUUAGUAUUCUCUUUGCUGCAAUCUAAUGCGAUCGUUUAAAUCAAUAACACAUAGUGCUAUGACGCCCCACUUUGAUGGUAUGAGAAAUCCGAAAGCUCUAUAAUACAACUGUUUUUCCUUAGUUUCUAUCGCGAUAAGCCUAAUUUUAGAACAAUAAUGGCAACCCAUUGAAGUAAAUAAAGGCCCUUCGUGUUUGAUGCUUUUUGGAUCAACUAAUGAAAAAGUUUCUUUCAUCUACUGAGUUUUUGCCUCUAUAUUGCUAGAUGUCUUUGUUUCCUCUCUUUAUCUAACUUUUCUUAUGGUUUCCAAUACCCUUGCAGCAGCAGAUUGAAGCUUUGGGGUUUCUCUGGGUUCUUUGACAAAGCGUUUUUAUUUUGUACUGAAAGAUUGUGUGGGAAUAAUUAAACAAUGUCAUAAUUAUUUGGUCUUGGCAGUGAUUGUACCUCUGCUAAAAAGCUUUGUUUGCUAUGGAUAACUGUUAACCAACCCUCGGUAAUCAAGAUUAUAUGUCGUG